AUCCAUGCUAUUUUCUUCUGGUCCGAUUCAACGGUUGCACUAAGCUGGAUAAGGAGUGUGUGUAAAGAGUACAAACAGUUUGUAGAAAAUAGAGUUCAGGAAAUUCGAAGAUUGACAGAUCCAAAGGAUUGGAGAUAUUGCCCAACAAAAGACAAUCCAGCAGAUAUUGCUUUAAGGGGAGAAUCAGUAUCGAAGCUCGCGGCGGAUGAUAAGUGGUGGUAUGGUCCUACCUUUUUACUAAAUCUCAAAGAUUCGUGGCCGGUACAGCCGUCGCACGGAGAAGAAAGCAAGAAUACGUUGCAAGAGUUGAAGACAUCCAAACAGACUGUGAUGGCGGCAGUCGUUGAUACUGAUGUACAACCAGAACACAGUAUAGAGAACUUGCUAAAGGCUUCGAAGUAUAGUAAGUUAGAAACUUUGCUUCGUGUAACAGCCUAUGUGAAGAGAUUCGUUGACAAUGUAAAACGAAGUUUGAAAGGUGAGGAAAUUUUGAAGGGUUUUCUAACUGCUGAAGAACUAGAUGUGGCCGAGAAAUCCUGGAUUAAGCAUGUGCAAGCUUCCUUAACAAAGCUGCCGAAAUAUAAUAAAAUGAAACGAUCUUUAAGUUUAUUUGUGGACGAUGAGCAACUAAUCUGUUGUCAUGGUCGAACGGAAUAG